GAAUCCCCUCGCGAUGGGAUUUUGGACUUAAUCUCUGUUUCGCUAUAUCAGCACCGGGUUCUCUCGAUGCUGUAGCACAUGCAGGAACCACGCAAGGAAAUACCACCAAUCAAACAACACAAGUUCGGCUCUGUCGCAGAUCAGAAGUUCCAUCAUUUGCACUGUGGAGAAACCUCACAGUGUAAAGCGCUCGCGUGAUCGAGCAGGAUGUAUCACGGAGAAUUGACGCUCUGCGUGUUGCUAUCAAUUGUUGUCAAUCGAGUUCACGGUAUCGGCAACUAUGUGAUUCUGGCUCCAAACUAUAUCCAAGAAAGACAACCAUAUCACCUAUCGGUCUCUACUUUCAACAGUGAUGUUCCAUCGAAACUUCAAAUUUCUGUGCAAGGUUUUUCGGAAGCUGAUGAGACACUCAAAAUUGAAAACCAGUUGCAGCUUGCGGCAAAUGUGACUCAACUUGUUAAGUUGAACACCGCCUAUCUAGAUCCUGGAGCGUAUACAUUGAGGGUAUCGGGCGCCGAUUUAGAUCGUGAAUUUCCACUAAGCUUUCUCGAUGAAACUUAUGUGGUUUUGAUUCAAACCGAUAAACCAUUAUACAGACCUGGUAAUACGGUGAAGUUUCGAAUUCUAGUGCUGAAUCAAACCACAAAACCCCUCACGAAUCUCAAAAGCACCCGCGUAACAAUUUCCGAUCCGGAUGAAAAUGUCAUAAAAGUUUGGUCAUUCGCCAAGAUACGAAAUGGCGCGUUCUAUUCCCAGCUGGAUAUUGCUAAUGAACCAAAUCAUGGGAAUUGGACCAUCACAGCCAAUGUUCGAGGAAAGGAUCAUACGAGAGCUUUCCUUGUGGAUGAUUACAAAUUACCAAAGCAUGAGAUCAAAAUUAGCACUCCUAAGGUGGCCACGCCAAACGACGAAGACCUGAUCGUGGAUAUAGACGCGUCGUACACUUUUGGACGUCCGAUGAAGGGUGAUCUCACCGUCACGGCUUAUGGCCACACGAAUAUGAGUAAAACCUUAAAAAUAAACGGUCGUGCAAGGGUCAGGUUCAAUAUUGGAAAAUUAUUCGAUUCGCAUGAUAUCGUUAAAGACACAUUGAUCCCAGUUGAAGUGAGUCUACUAGAACGAUACACGAAGCGCACAUUCAAUACUCUAGGCUCAGUGCAGAUGCACAUGCGUCCGGUCUUAAUUGAACUAGAUAAAUCUUCCGAGUAUUUCAUACCAGGUUACCCUUAUAACUGCUGGUUUCGGCUUUCGGAUCGAUUAAGAGAAAAGCUAAACAUUGAUCUUGAUUCAGUAUCCUUUAGCAUCGUGUACAUCGGACCAAAUCAAUUCUUGAGGACUGUUGAAGAAAACCUGACUCCCGACAAUGACGGCGUAAUACCAUUGAUACUUGAAAUACCUAAACAAGCAACUGAAGCGACCAUCGAUGUGCAAUACGACAGUUACAGUGAACGAUUCCUUCUCAGCGGAUACCCAACUGUAUCACCGGUACUAUUCAAAGCCUUUGUUUUAACACGGAAAGUGUCGUUGAAUCAACCAAUCUCGAUUCAAGUCCACUCCUCCAUUCCGUUAGAUUUCAUAACCUACCAGGUGGUUUCGAAGCGAACCAUCGUUGAUGUGAAGAGAGUUGAAGUUAACAAUGGAAACACAACAAUUUUUCAUAUAAACACUACAAUAGAUAUGAUUCCAAAGGUGAAAAUAUUUGUGUUCAGCGUACACAACAAUACAAUUUUGAGCGACAGUGUUAUCGUGGAGGUGCUCGGAUUGCCAAAUAUGGUAAAUCUAACUCUCUCCGAGCAACAAGUAGCUCCGGGACAACGGGUUAAGCUAACGGUACAGUCAACGGCUCAUUCAAUUAUUGGUUUAUCAGCAGUUGAUCAGGGAUUAUUGCAACUAUCUGAAGGCAAUCCGAUCAAUCAACAACGUAUAUGGGAUGCCUUGGAAGGCUCCCAAGUUGACUUGGAAGAGCCAAAUAACAAUAUAAUUGUGAUUUCCAACAUGAAACAACAUUUUGAACUGGGUCUCCGCUUCGGUCAGUACAAUGCUGAUGAAGAAGACGAUUAUAUUCCACCCCGUCGGCAAUUUUCCGAUUCAUGGCUGUGGUAUGAUAUGAACGAAGUUGGGUCAGACGGAAAACUAGAUAUAUGGGAUGAUGCCCCCUCCGAAAUCACCAGCUGGAAAAUAUCAGGCUUCUCGCUCAGCCCAGAUUACGGUCUUGGCAUUCUGGAUCAACCUCUCUCGCUAAAGGUGUUCAAACCGUUCUUCAUUAUGCUCAAUUUUCCGAACUCGAUCAAGAAAAGCGAAACAGCCGUCAUCGAGGUGACUGUGUUCAAUUACCUUGACGAGAUGUUAUACGUCGGAGUUUCGCUGAAAAACACCCGCCAAGAAUACAUAUUCAUACACAACCAGGGCCGACAGGAUGCUCACUAUCAGGCAAAAAAUGUGGUUCUGACACCUAACUCGGCAACGACAACCAAAUUUUAUAUAAAGCCGAAAAAGUUGGGCAACAUUGUGAUAAAAGUCAUUGCUGAAUCAUCUGAGGCAUCGGAUUCAGUCGAACGGUUGCUCCGAAUAACCCCGGAGAGUUUAGAGUACUCCAAAACAGACCCUCGAUACAUUCAGCUGGAUAACUCUAGCCAAACGUUUAGGAACAUGAGACUUGAAAUUCCCCGUCACAUCGAUGCCGGAUCGGAAAAAAUACGAUUCUCGGUACAGGGUAAUUUGCUGGGAAACAAAGUUGGUGACUUGCCUGAUCAGAUUCGAUUGCCGUUUGGAAGCGGUGAACAGAAUAUUCUCAAAAUGAUCCCAAAUCUGGUUGUUUUGAACUACAUUGAAAACACGGGAACGUACGGUGGUGCUAUAAAAAAUAAAGCUUUACAGUUUUUGGAGACAGGAUAUCAAAACCAACUGAAAUACAAACUCGAUGAUGGUUCCUUCAGUAUGUUCGGCAAGGACGACGGCAUAGGUAGUAUUGGUUUGACAGCUCUAGUGGCCAUAACUUUGCAACAGGCAUCCCAAUACAUAACGGUUGACGAGAAAAUUAUUGAGAAGGCGUACGAUUGGCUUCAACUACAUCAGAAAAUCAAUGGAAGCUGGGUUGAACUCAAUACGGUUUAUCAAUAUGGAUUAUACACUUUACACAAUGAUGAAACGACACUUACCGCAUUUACACAGAUUGCUUUUCUUGAGGAUAAGAACAUCGCGCUGAAAUACAAUACGGUGGUUGAAAAAGCAACGUCUUAUCUUUCGUCAAAAUACUAUGAUCUAUCCUCGAGUUAUUCCCUAGCAAUGACAGCUUACGCAAUGCAGUUGGCAAAUCAUGAUUUGAGAGAAAGCGCGUUGGAAAGACUGCUAGAACAUUCCAAGAAAGAUCAUGAUCGCUUGCUUCGUUGGUGGGAUUCAGGGUCCACCAGUACAGAGACUACCGGAUAUGCCUUAUUGACCUACAUCGAGAUGAAUAAUUAUAUAGAUGCCAAACCGAUCGUGAAUUGGCUAGUCUCGAAGCAACACUAUGGUGUUUACUAUGAGAACACUCUAAGUAUCUAUGUAGCGUUCAAAGCCCUGGCGAAAUAUGCCCUAAAAGUAUCAACUUCCCGAAAUGACUACGAUGUAACAGUCACAUUUGAAAAGAAUAAAAAUGCAACAAUUCAUAUAGAUCCCCAAAGUUCACUUGUGGUUCAGGAAAUUACACUACCGCCAAGCGUUCGAGUCAUCGAUGUGACGCUAAACGGAACAGGAACUGGUACAUUCAAACUUGAGUAUCGUUAUUUUUCCAAUAUACUUAAGUUGAAGCCUCGUUUUGAUGUUAAAGUCGAAACGCUCACCAUACCUGCCGACAAUUAUUUGCCUCUCACGGUAUGUGCCAAAUUUUUACCACGAGAAAAGUAUGAGGAAACAGCGCUCGUCCUGAUGGAAAUAACUUUUCCAAGUGGCUACAUUGCGUUGGACGAUUCCAUCGAGGAGUUGGAAGCGUCUGAAAUGAUCAAGAAAGUGUCGACCAAAUACGGUGAAACGUCACUGCAGCUAUACUUUGAUUCGCUGCCAUUACACUAUGAGUGCUUGAACGUGACAGGCUUCCGUCAAAGUGAUGUUCUGCAGCAGAUUCCUGGCACCGUCAGAGUGUACGAUUUUUAUGAUAAUUCUCGUGUGGCAAUCUCGUAUUUCGAUGGUAAACAACUCCAAAUAUGUGAUAUUUGUGAAAAUGAUUGCCCUCCGGAGUGUUCUGAUUAGUAAUUGAUAUGUUUUGAGCAUUUUCAUAGCAAUAGUGAUUUGUUGAGAAAAUUAUAAUAAAGGUCCAACGUGCUUAUCAGCUUCUCGCUCCUAAAUUUGAGCCACACGUUCUUUAA